GGGUUGGUUCUGCGCUGAGAGGGCGUGGCCUAGGAGCCCGAGGGCGUGGCCUAGGAGCCCAGGGGCGUGGCCCUCGGCCCCGCCCCCAGCUGUACUGCGUUGCUCGGGUGCCGGUGUCUUCAGUCGGAGGCGAUGGGCAGCGGCGGCUCCACGUGUCCCAUUUCGGCUGAGGGCCCGGCGGGCGUGGAGCAGCGCCUGGAGGCUCGGGGCGGGCAGCUGCCCCCGGCGCUGUGGGCACAGCGUGGGCUUCGCAAGCUGUACCUGAGCGGUGCCGGGCUGCGUGACGUGCCGGCCGAGCUGGCGUCCCUGCGGCAUCUCCGCACGCUGGCGCUGGAUGGCAACGAACUGAUGGAGGUCCCCGAGGCCCUGUGCCAACUGCCCUGCCUGGCGUACCUCUACCUGGGCCGCAACGGGCUGCAGGGCUUGCCGCCUGCCUUCAGCCACCUGCAGAGCCUGCGCUGCCUCUGGCUGGAGGGCAACUUCGUGGGUCGCUUCCCCCACGCCCUGCUGGGCCUGCCCGGCCUGCGCAGCCUGCAACUGGGAGACAACCGUCUGGCACGCCUGCCCUCCUGCCUGCCCCGCAUGGCCGGCCUGCAGGGCCUCUGGCUGUACGGCAACCGUUUCCAGCACUUUCCCCCGGUGCUGCUGCGCAUGACUCAGCUCCGCAUCCUUGACCUCGAUCGCAACCGCAUUGCCCGCUUCCCUGACCUGCAGUGCCUGGCCGGCCUCUCCCUGCUCUCCUAUGACCACAACCCCGUGCGGCAGCCGCCCUGCGUGGCUGACACGGUGCGGCUGGUGGGCAGCGGGGCCGUGGAGUACAUGGAGGCGCGGGAGGAGCGGCUGCGGGAGCAGCAGCAACUUGAGGAAGAGGAGGCGGAAGGCACUGGGACGAUCCCGCGGGAUGAUGGAUCCCCGCUGCUGCAGGACGCGCCGUGAGGGAUUGUGGAGACGCUGAGCACCAGAUCUGAGGAGCUCAGGGUGCCUUGGAGCAUCCCAAAUAGACACAGGGCUCAGUUUUUGGAUGGAGGAAGCGUCACUCCACUCUGACUGUGCGACGCCUCUGUCCCAAGAAUGAGCAGUGCAGCACUGGGUACCUUUUAUGGUACGUCCUCGGUGGAUUCUCUGUGCUCCUGGCUCCUUGGCUGAGGAGGGAGAAGGAGUCACUGGUCCCACUGCCCAUUGAGUUUUGGGAUGGACACACAAAGUUCUUCUGCGUGCUGAGCUCCCGUUCUCCAGAUUUUUGGAAGAAGGCAAUGGAAAACCUCACCUGCAGCCUUCACCAUGCAGAGGAGCUCCAUGCCGUGCCUUAGAAGAAGUACUGAGGCUCACGGUCCACAGCUGUGUUUGGCAAUAAAAAGCACAAAUCUGGUGUGAGAAAAGCAGUGGGGUCAGUUCUCAGGGCAGGGGGGUUGUUGGGGAAGGGCUAUGAGUGCAGUGCGUGGCCUUAUUCUGAUUUGUGUGUCGGGAUGCAACCCCAUCCCUAAGCUCUUGGGCUCACUGGCUGCACAUCCACUGCUAAUUGCAGGGGGUUGGGGUUGGAGGCCAGCAGCCAGCCCGCGUGCCUUCCACGUCCUUUUUCCUUUACAGCUAUUUUCUGGGCUGCAGGGAAGCAGUGGGAUGCCUGGGAGUGCUGGCAGCCCUGCAACAAUGGGGGUUGAUAAAACCUAAUGUGGGGCUUUGGUUGCCUUUUUGGAGUCUGGGUCUGCCCCUGGGGAACAGGGGCAGGGCACAGAAUUCGGGUGGUCCUGAGUGUCACCAGCCUGUGCCUACAGCUUGUGAUGCUUGCAGAGGUCUCCCUGCCUUUCCAAUGCCUUUUCCCCCCUGCAUUCUAAUUCCCCAUCCCUCUCAGCUUUGGGAUAUGUGCUGGGAUGGGGCUGGGAUCCAGGACCUGCUGCAGGCAUCGGAAGUGUUUUGGGUGCCGGCCCCGUUGCAGUGCAUCAUCCAUACGUCUGUCUCUAUAUAUAUCCCUCUCCGCCUGCUCACAGAUCCCCAUACGUGUUUUGCAGCUGGGAACGUGCUGCUAUUUCCAUCUGCUCCCGCUGACUGCAGGCGCUGGGGAUCACUGCGGAGAUGCCACAGGAAUCCAGGCUCUGCCGUAGCCCUGCUGCUACCAAGGGCUCCACGCUGCCAAAAUUUUGAGCUGUGGCUCAGCAGGGUGCAGCCCUAAGCCAGUGGCACCAGGGAGCUGCUUUGUCCCCUGUUCUGGCACUCGAGAGGAGCCAUGUUCCCAAGGUGCCGACUGCAUCGCUCUCUGCCAGCCCUGCAUCUGGAAUUUCUUUCAUUUAUUCAAGAGCAGCGUCCGCACAAUUAUUUAUCACAGCAACCUGAGCCUCGACCAUGCUGCCAGGCUGCCGUGUUUCCCCUGUGCUGGGGACAGGCGCUGUGCUGGGCAUGGUAGCUUUGUGCCCUGUGUGUACAGAACCUCCUGGGGGAAACAAGCCCAAAUCUCACCCUGUAACCCAUCCCAAGGAUCAUCCACAACCCAUCCGCAAACCCAUCUUAAAAUCUAUUCCCUAAACACAUACCCAAAACCCCAUCCCCAAACCCAUCUUUAAAUCUGUUCCCUAAACCCAUUCCCAAAACCCCAUUCCCUUACCCCAUCAUCUUUAAAUCUGUUCCCUACCCCUAUUCCCAGGCCCCAUCCCAAAACCCCAUCCCCAACCCGUUCCCAAACCCCAUCCCCAAACCCUGUCCCCAUCCCCCAUCCCCAUACUCCAUAACCAACCUCAUCCCCAACCCAACCCCAAGCCCUGACCCCAAUCCAUCCCCAAUCCCAUCCCCAAGCCAUUCCAAACCCACCCCCAUCCCAUCCCAACAGGGAAUGUUCAGCGUUGUGGGGGAUGAUCAAUGUUGGGGGUGACACUCAGUGCUUGGGGAUUUGCUGUGUGCUUGAGGGCGUGCACAACACAUGCAGGUGACACUGUGACCUCCCUUGCCCCCCACCCCAUAAAGAUAAGGAACACGGGCAGAUUCACACAGU